AUGUUUCACCCAGAUUGACCAGCGAGCGCGAGGUCGACGUCUGGCGGGGCGAGCGAGCGACUUCCAGCCUCAGUAUGCGCUAUCUAGUGGUGAAGGGAGGGUGUGUCCCGUCGGCUCUCGCGGUGGCAUAUCGCAUGCGCCUUGGACUGUGGCUACAGUCUUCUACUAGGAAAUAUAAUUAAUCGCAGCAAAAAAGAUUAUUGUUGAUAUUAAAACCGUUUCUCUUGGACCGAAAAAAAAAAAAUCGGCAAAGUAGACGGAAAUGCCCUAACAAAAAGCGUGAUCAUGCAAAACCAAAAUGAACACGGGUUCCCGCACACUUAGAGAGAACGAGAGAACAAGGCUUUUCCUUAGACCUGGACAGAGAACAAAAGAACACACUGACCGGUAACAGGAGGAGCCAAUGAUGGAAGAAUCCCACAGAGACACCUCAAGCCCUGAACAACCGGACUGCCUAUAGUGCCGGCAUCCGAGACAGCAUGAGCGAGGGCGCGCGGAGAUGGUGAGUGACCUGCAGGAGAGACAGCACUGGGGGCGGCCAUGGUGACGGUCUAAGGAAAACCAGCAGGGAUGCCCCUGGGGUUCUUCGAGAAGCACCUUCACCGACGCGCCGCCGGUGGUCAUGAUGCCCCCGCCUCCCGCCAGCAGGACUCCACGCCCUCGAAUUCUAGGAAAGGAUCACGGGCGUGGGUUGAGGACUGUUGUGGCGCCGAGAACGACCUCUAUGACGACCCGCCGCCCAUACCCUCCCGGCUCAACCAUGCCACGCCCAAGCUCCACGACCUCCACCCUCAGCUCGAGCUCCCUGGCGCCCGGAGUGCCCGUCCGUCUCUCACCGGCAGCGAGGAUCUCCACGAGCUUCUGCAGAGGAAUUCGCAGUCGAUGGGUGGAGUCUUGGUGUUACUCUUGGGUAUCGUCGUGUUGACAUGGACACUGGGGGCGUGUGGGGCAUCGUGGGCGUGGCUGCUAGUGUCCGUGGGCAUCACCUGGGCGGUUGUGAGAGGCAGCUUAGAGAGGGUAGCUGAGGAUGCCAGCAGAUACGUAUCUCUCCGCCUGCACCGCCGUCGGGCCCUGCAAGCAGACGAGACGUGCGAAUGGCUGAACAUCCUCCUGAAUCGGUGGUGGGUCUUCUCCUCCUCGUCCAUCUUCGCCAAAGCCAAGGCUGCCUUGGAUCCCAGGCUUCUUGAGGCCAAACCUGCUUUCUUGGAGACCAUCAGCUUGAAGCAGCUCUCUCUCGGCGACCGCACGCCCGUCAUCCGCAGCGUCCGCGCCUGGGAUGUCAGCACGCCCGGGGUGGAGGGGGUCUCCCGCCGCCCUCUGUGCCCCUCACGCCCCCCUGCGGGACUCGACCACGCCCCCACGCACACGGUCGCGCUGCUGUGUGACCUCGCCCUCGACUCCGACUCGUUCUCCGCCGUGCUGGCGGCGAGGAUCGGCGGCAAAGGCAUGGGCGUGGACCUCGACGUGGCCGUGGAGAAGCUGGCCGUGCUGGGUCGCGUCAUGGUCACGGCCACGCUAGACAUGGAGGCGCCGUUCCCGCACCUCACGCGCCUGUCCCUCUCCUUCACCGAGAAGCCCCAAGUGUGGUUCAGCGUCCGGAUUCUCAAGGCUGUGCAAAUGAUGGAGGUUCCUGUGCUGAAGACGUGGCUGCACUCGCUGGUGAUGGACGCCCUGGCCUCGGCGUGGGUCGACCCCGGACAGCUUGAGAUCAACAUCCACUCCAGCGAAGCUUUCGUCCCCGAACAGCGAACUGGGGACGCCCUCGCUCAGGGUGUCCUCACCGUUAUAUUGUGGACGCAGAAGGGAUCAUCAGGCCUGGCCGUGGAUGAGGACAAGUGGGUCGUGGUCCUCAUAGGCGGGCAGCAGCACGUGACGCCCCCGCUGAACACUCCUCGCUGGCAGGAGGCGUGUAGCUUCCUGGUGGAUUCGUCGCUCAACAACCACAACCUCGUGCUCAAGGUCAAGAGUAAACGGCUUAUUACAACCACCAUAACGCAGUUCGACCUCCCGCUUAGUCAGUACAGCUUGGACACAAGUAGAGUCGUGGAGACGGUCCUGCACAAAAAGGGUGUCAAGGUGAUGGGGGGUAGUGUUCCUCCCCUCCACCUGCGGCUGCAAUACACGCCCCUCACGGCUGUCAACUUGGACGUGCCCCUCCCGCCCGCCCUCGUCGAGAACCAGGAAGAUGGAGCUGCCCAUAGUCCGCCGCCAGCUGCCCUUAAGCAGGAGUCUCCCAACGCCAGGCUGCGCCGUAUCCUCUGGUCCUUCGCCUGGGACUGUGACCAUAUCCGUCGUGUUCCGCGCCGUGGCUUCCGUUGCCGGGUGCAACAUGUCCUCGGGCGAAAUGCUCUCGGACAAGUAUCCUCCCCAGAUCUCCAGGUCCCCGGUACCCCCUAGUUCCUCUCUGUCGGCGCCUCCUCAAAGACGUUCCUCCUUGCCCUCGGUCGAUGACGAUGAACUAGCGACGAAGAAGAGGAACAACACACACUGGAUUAGCCACGCUAAACAGCUCCUAGCAACAGGGCGGGAUGGAGACGGGGGCACGCAGGACAUCGGGGAUAUCUUAGCCUCGGGUCUUGGCCUCAUGGAACUCACAAUCAUCAGAGCGCGAGACCUGGUGGCCAAAGACUUAAAUGGCUACAGUGACCCUUACUGUGUCGUGAAAAUCAACAGCGAGGUCAAGUACCGCACUCGGGUCAAGAAGAAGACCCUCAACCCCGAGUGGGAGGAAACCCUGAUGACGCACCUGCCGAGACACCCAGACAUCCUUGCCAUUACCUUGUGGGAUCACGAUGCCUUUGGAAGAGAUUUCCUCGGUUCUGUUGCUUUGAAGGAGUCUGACGUCCGCGACUUGUCUCACAAGGAUGCCCCGAAGUGGUGCACGCUGGAGGGUACCAAGUCUGGCCAGAUAGAGAUCAGAGUCAAGGUCAUAUCUGAUGAUUAUGAGCACCAGAUAAUUCCAUCAACAACAGACACCAGUUUAACUUCAAGUACGGCAGUGGCAGAUGACAUGGAGAGACCUGAUGAAAUGAGCAGAUCAAACAGUGUCAAAGAUGAAGUUGCUGGAGCAUCAUCAGGAGAAGAUUCAGGAGUAUUGUUGCACCAGUCAUCACCAACACAUGAGACCGAGAUACCGAGAUUGCCUCGAAUGGGUUCUCAGAGUGUGUCUUAUGUAUCGGGGGAUCAUCCUCUUUUGUCAAAUGGUCGCAGAGCAAGUGAGUCAGCUGUCCUGAUGCCCAAAAAUCACACCAGGGACGACCAAGACAGCAGCUUUAGUGGUUCCGUCACCCCAUCUACUUCCAGCCCUGUUCGCACGGUGUCAAAGUCAAGGAGAACUGGGGCUAACAUAAUUGCGAGUGCCUUAGCAAUGGCACGCAGCCAUCCUAGACCAGAAACUCCAAAUGGAGAUUCAUCUUCCUCAUCCCAUUGUCAAGGUGACAACCCUGUUACUGAUGACCUGAGCUCAGGAACGAACAGUCUUACGCCAACUUCCAAAUCACAUGGGAAACCACUCCCUAAGAUUAGUCUAACAGAGCAUAGUGAAGAUGAUUAUGGUGGCAGUAGCCCAGAACAUCAUGUCAAGAGCAAGAAGUCGUCAGAUAGUGGUCUAAGGGCCAUGAGGGAGAAGAUGCGUCGAGGCUUCGCCCACCCACUGCGCCGUUUUCGCUCGGAGGCCAAUGUCCGGGAUGCCCCAAACCUUUCUGCUGAGGUCAGCACAAGUGAGUCUUCAGGCUCACAUGCUGACAUGAAUCUCAGUGUGGGCAUAAGUUCAGGGAUGCGAGUAGGUGUUGGCGGCGGUGAAGGUGAUGCCAGCGAACUGCUUGACCUGCCCCUCAGUCAUGCCAAGUCUCAGCCAAACUUACUCCUUCUACCAGGCGAUGCUAACCGAUCUACGUCGUCUACGAAAGUAGGGGUAACGAACAGUCUGUCACAGCGGCCAGGUGUGUUUCUCAACGUACGGGGUGUAGCCGGGCAGGUACAGGGUCUUCACAUACCUCGCUCUGGCUUGCAACUGUUCCUGCGUGUCCGUGUGAGCGAAGAGAAAAGCGCCAAUAGCAGCAGUAGCAGUAGUAACAAAAUUACCAAGACUGUGGGUCGGUCUCGCCUGGUGCCUGCCUCCCCUUCACCCACCUUUGAUUGUGAAUGGAUUAUAGAAGGUGAAGCUACCAGAAGAGCUGUCUUGGUCUUAGAGAUUCGCACUGGGUCCAGGGAACUUCUUAAUUCAGCAAACGUUGUUCUUGGAGAUCUUUUCACAGAGCCUGGAGUGGAAGGCAGUGUAGAGACCUGGGUCAACCUGCAAGGGGGAGCUUCGAUCAAUCUCCGAGCCAACCAUGGAGGUGAGGCUCCCCCCUCCUCAAGAAGGCGGUCGCUGUUUCGCUCCUGGUCGCUGCACAAGCUAGGCAGGAUCUGAGAUGGGGAAAAAGAAGCUGAAAGUGAUGACAUAUUGCUAUGAGAACACUGGUAAUGAAUACUCAAGUCAUGGUACAAUCAUCACAUAAAAGAAUGAGGUUGUGAUAAAUUGUGGCACUGCAUUUUGAAAUAUGAAAAUAAAAUAAAAAGAUGUAUAUGUAUCAUUAAAGAUGAUAAUAUCUUAAAGAAAAUCAAGCAUGAUAUAGAUUAAUAGUAUGAUAACAAUUAGAAUGGUGCUUUAUAUUUGCUAUCAUCAAAUAAUAGUUGUGAAACAAAAUAGACUGUGCUGCAAAGGAACUAUUAAAUGUAAGGAUUUAGUAAACCACCUUUUGGAACUAAUGUUAAUACGUAUUAUGCAGGCAGCACAGAAUGCGGAAGUGAAUAAAUCUCUGGUAAGGUGAUUUUUCAGAUAGAAAUCAGUCAAUAACAGUAUGGAAUUCACACAUUUGAUAUGGUUGUAAUAAUAUGUAACUAAGAACAUUUUGCUUGCACACGCAUUUUAAAAAGGUUCCCAAGUGCAUUACUCACAAUACAGAAAGAUAAGCGGCAGCUGUUUUAGAUGUGCUCUUAAGAUAACUAGUUAAAAUGAUUGUAAAACUUGAUACAUAUGUGUUGUAUGUACAGAGAGUGAUGGAUACUGCAGCUUGCAUUAUAUGUGUAUAUAAUCAUCCAUAAAAUCUGUGUAUAUGUAAGGCCCAACUUGGAACAAAUCUUGAAAAGAUUUGUGAUUACCAUAAUUAUCAUCUUCAAAAAUAUUACUACCACUACCAAUAUUACUGGUGAUAUUUUUUUUGUCAAUAUUUCUUCAUUAUUCCAUUGUAGUCAUGAUUCUAAGUAGCAUUACCAUUUUUUUAUCAUUACUGGUAUCAUCAUGGCUUAUCAUGUAUUUUCUUUAAUUAUCAUGGUAAAUGUAGUUAUGAUGAAUGAUACUUUCUUCAUUACCUACUAUUUAGUCUCUUCAUCUUCCAUUUUACUUGUACUACUCUGUAAAUAUUCAUAAUAUUGGUAUAAUAUACCAAAUGAAAUUUUUUCAAUCUCUUCAUAAUCUUUUCAUCAGUAAUUCCCUUACCUGCAUGAAUCCUGAUUACCAUUUUUAUUAGUGUAGAAUUAUGUAUUGCAAAUUCUCACUUAGAAACGUUUGAAUUAUAAUAUUGAGGUAAUAUGUACAGCAUUUUAACACUCAAGAAGCCAAAUGAAUAUAAAGUUAUCUGUGGAAAAAUUUUAUAUUAGGCUGCACAGUGGAACAGUAUUAGGGAUGAAUUAAUAUAAUUAAGUAAACCUCAUAGUAAAACAAACUCAUGAAAUAUAUAACACUUAUUUACAAUAUCGUCUACAAUACUCUACUGUCUGUAUGAAUUAUAAUCUUCAUACAAUGUGGAGGUCUUAUUUUGGAAAAACUAUGUUGAGGAAGUAAGUUGAUUUAAGGGGAGGAGGGUACCUUAUAAUUCCCAAUAAUGUGAAUUCCCAUACUAUUAAAUUCAGCAUAUUAUAAUUAGAAGAAGAACUGGUAUAUUGUGGGGGAAAAAAAUAGUCCAAUUAGAUAUGGAUUGACUCAAGUAACUUCAUCUUCCUUAAGUUUAAAGAUAUCCAAAGUUCUUGAUAUAGAUCAUGCAUUCAUUCGCAUUUCAAAAUGCCUCCUUUUCCUAGGUAAGUUAUCAUUUUCUUAUGAUGUUCAUAUGUAUAUAUCGCCUUCAGACAAAUCAUGAAGAACUGUUUUAAAUUACAAAUUACACACAGCUCUUGUGCCAUUAAACUUUUACUAGAAUAGUGGUAUUUAUCUUAUUUAUUUUAUUUGAUAGACCAUUUUUGACUGCAGAUCCAUUUUUUGCUCUAUUUUAUAGUGGUGUCCAUGGAAUGUCAAUAUAGAUAGGAAUUUUGAGAUUGUGUCAUUCAAUUGAUACAUUAUAUAUAGUCAAGAAUAUUUACUGUUCAUGUAGUUAUUUACAAUGACUGUUGCCAGUGCAGUCAUUACAGUCAAUUGUGUCAUUGGUCCAGUAGGGGUUUAUUAGAUUACAGACAUUUAUUUAAUACUAUUUUUUCUCUACACACAAUCAUACACAUGCCAGCAUGAAAAUACUCUUUGUGACCUUUUGCUGGUCAUUGGGUUUGGUUCAUUUUCCAGCAGAGAUAGAAACAUCAUGGCUGUGGUCCCUAUUUGAAAGCUCAUGCCAAAAGAAAAAAGUCAUUGAGAGUACAGGCUUUUUCCAGAUAUUGUUUCUUUGCCUUCAGAUUAGGUUUCAUGGUCAUCCUUCAUGACAUAUUCAAUAUAAUAAGAAUUUAAAGGGGUGGAAUGUUCUCUGUCAAGGAAUGAAAAACAAAAACAGAACAUGGGAGAGACUACUGACCCAAUUAGAGGACCAUUUACACAUGUAUGCACAAUAUUUCAUUUAGCACUAUGAUAAUUCUGACAGUGCUUUCUAUUGAUUAAACUAGUCAGUUAAUGUUAAGUAUAUAUUAGGUAUGAUUUACUAUCUACUGAUGCUCUAAAACUGAGAUUUAAGGAUACCAGUGAUAUAAGUGGUUCUGCCCUGUUUUGGAGGGUGUUUAGUUAUUAGCAAUAUUCACAUAGCUUUAGAGUGAUAAUUUUUUUGAUUGAGUUACAGGUUGGUUACAAAGAAAGUUCAUAUGAAGACUGGUAAAUGGCAGUCUUGAUAUCAUAAGCUAGUCAGAAGUGAGGCUUGUAACUAGUUCUUAGGUGGGCUAGCAGCUAGAGGAUGAUCAUAUCAGAUUUAUGUGAAUUAAGAAGAAAUAACACCUAUCUGUGUGGUGUUUGUGUAAUAAUAUCAGCUCAUCUCCAAGGAGGGUUUCAUAUAGCAUUUGUGUGGAAGAAAACUAUUCACAUUAUGUAGGAAAAACCAUGGCAAGAAGUAUGAAAAUUACCACUUAAUAUUUCAUUCUUGUGUGGAAGACAUUGGAUGACAUGAGAAUAGAUACCAGCUGGAAGUUUUCCUGAAAAGUAAGUUUUAUUAUGUAACAUUCCAUGUUUUUUUCAACUCUCUUUUGAGAUAACUAUAAAUGAAGUAAAACAUUUAGUGUUAGAAAAAUACUGAUAGAAGUCUUAAUCAAAAACUUGGGCUUCCCAGUAUUUGUGUAGGUAUAUUUGUUACCAUCUGCUGCCUUUACCAAAAGUGUCUGCUGUCAUAGUGAUCAAUAUGACACCAAUCUGCAGUUCGAAUAAAUUAAUAAUUUUUUUUAGAGAUAAGUUCAUGCACUGAUUACAAACCUUUUGUUGCUUUGUGAUAAAAUCAUUCCUUUUUCUUUUAUAACAGUAAAGUCUGAUAAAAAAAAUAGCACCACAUACUGUUAGGUGUUUUAUUAUUGAGAUUUACAGUUAAUCACUAUAAAUUAGGAAGAUAAUUUUUUUUAAUCCUUUAGCUUGAUGAUUAUUUAUUAUGAAGUAUGUGGUGCUAGAAAGGUUGAUAAUGUAACUUUUAAUUCAUUAGAGUUGUCUUAGUUGCUUCCAUGUUGUGGUUGCUGGUAGAGAAAUGCAGUUUGUUGUGGACAUAGAAUGUGGUUGUUAGGCAUGCUAAUUUGUACUAGAAUUUGAAACAAUUCAAAGGAAUAAGUAAUGGAUAUAGUCAUAUGUAUCCAGGUAGUUGUAAAUUAGAAGAAGUAAAACACUAUGCAUUCUCAGAUUAAAAUAUGCAUUAUGUGCAAGAAUGCCCAAUAAAAGAUAGAAGUAUUUACUGAAGGAUUUGCAGGGAAAUGUGUAGCUUUUUCAUUAGCAUUUAGUAUUAGCUAAAAUAAUAUAUUUUCUAUUAUAUUUAGUAAUUUUGAUACUUGAAUCUAAUAUAGGAUGUCAACUGUAAGAUUUUGUUUUCAGGUAAAUUAGCAGUAUAUUCAUUUCAGGCAAAUUCUGCAUGUAAUUCCCGUCAGUUUUGGCAAACUCCCUUAUCAGAAUUUAGUGGAAAAGAAUCAUUGUUGUUUUAUAGCUGGUCAUACAGAAGAAUGGAUAUACCCCUGUGGGAUAAUUGUUAUCACAUCUUGUAUUCAGUUAAUACUUCAUAUAUAAAUUAAAUCUGAAAAGCUAC